AUGUCUCAAAUCAAACUUCGUGAAUCCCAAAAGUCCCAAUACACCCGAGAAUUCGAUGAUCUCUUUCAACGACUACUCAACGAAUACCUCCACGGAGAAUUCCGCCAGGCAACAGAUCAUUCAGAUUUUGAAGCCUUUCACAGAAUGUACAAAGAAUUGAACAAGAAAAGAGACGAACUGGAAGACAAUUUUUUCCCGGAACAGAUCUCCGGAAGAAGAGAGAUAACGGAAGAGGAGGAGGAGCAGAGUGCUAGAGAAUGCUAUGAUAAGAUACAUGAUUUGAGAAGGAGCAAAGGGUUCAAUUGGAUGAGGACGCUUUUGGAAUUUUUCGGAAAAGGAGAGAAGUUCGAGAAAUUGGAACUGUUUAAAUAUUGA